AAUUAAGACGUUUCAUAGCACGAGCAAAGCGUGCCUUUUAAAUUUAACCGGUACUUAUUCGAUACCUGCAGAAUUUGUGCAAAAUUUGAAUAUCAAACGCGGGAUGUGAAAUGCUUUUUCAUUGGGCUCGCAAGUUACUGCACAACGAAAAUGCAAAUCUCUCGCGUUUGAAGGUUUUAUUUUGAAAAACAUGACCGGAAGUAUCCUUCUUAUUUUGGCUAACUUGAAACGGGUAGCGUUGGGAUAGGCCAUAACAACCACCCAACAAGGCGUUGUGCUACUAAGGGGAAAUACCGAACCGAACCGAGAUUUAAAACGGUCUGGGUUUAGUUUUUAGUCGAGGUAGAUGCUGAAAAAUCACCGGAAAGUCGAUGCAAGUGGAAACUAUUGCACAUUAGAGACCAAAGGUUGACGUCGAGCCGUGCGUAAUGAGCAGAGUUGGGAAAAGAAGGUGUUGAGCUGCAUUUUUUUUCUCUCUCCCUCUCCCUCUCUCUGCCUGAGACAAGUUGGAUCGGAGUGCUGCCUAAACUACGAGGGGAAACGAAGAAAAAAAUAAUGCCUGCGAAGCUCCUCACUUUCUGCCAUGGCAGCUUGGGCCUGGAGCUCUGAGGAUGCUUCAGAGGACCUGUGCCUGACCCGCAACUGACGACUGAGAGGAAUACGUUGUCUGAGCAGAAUGACUCAGCACGAGGGGGGACCCCCAAAUAGCAAGUGAAGAGAACCGAGGAUGGGUGCCAAUGGAUCCAGCUACCCGCACUCGUGCUCCCCACGGAUAGGGGGAAGUUCACAGGCACAACAGACUUUUAUAGGUAUUAAGUGCAUCACCGGGACCUCGUCCUACUCUCAGCAGGGAUAUGGUUGGGAGUCAAAGCUAUACAGCCUGGAGCACGGCCAUGAGCGGCCGGCAGACAGGAAGAAGAAGAGUCUUGGUCUGGCGACUCUCAAGCGGAGGUUCAUCAAAAGGAGGAAGUCUAGCCGCUCAGCGGAUCACGCGCGGCAAAUGCGUGAGCUUUUGUCAGGGUGGGACGUCCGUGACACAAACGCCCUGGUGGAGGAGUAUGAGGGAACGGCAGCCCUCAAGGAGCUGAGCUUCCAGGCCAGCCUCGCACGUCCAGAGGCUCCUAGCUUGCAGCGGGAUCUAGCCGCUCUCUACCAGCACAAGUACUGCACAGAUGUGGACCUCAUCUUCCAGGGUACUUGUUUUCCAGCUCAUCGGGCCAUCCUGGCUCCCCGUUGCCCCUUUUUUAAGACCUUGCUGUCUUCAUCUCCCGGGUAUGGAGCAGAGGUUCUAAUGGACAUUGACACAGCUGGCAUUGAUGUUCCCAUGUUCUCCGCCCUACUUCACUACUUGUACACUGGGGAGUUUGGGGUGGGUGGAGCAGAGGAUACGAGGCUUCAGAAUGUGGAUGUGCUAGUGCAGCUAAGCGAGGAGUUUGGUACACCUAACUCCUUGGAGGCAGACAUGAAGGGCUUGUUUGACUACAUGUGCUACUAUGACGCUCUGCUCAGCUUCUCUUCAGACUCUGAAAUGAUAGAGAGCUGUAAUGAGAGAGGAGCUGUGGCUGCAGCAACAUCAGUGAGUCAAGCAGGCAAUGGGGCCCCAGGAGCUGCAGGGACCCCAGACGAGGACCUUAGGGCUCACAAAGCUAUCCUGUCAGCACGCUCUCCUUUCUUUAGGAACCUUUUGCAGCGACGUAUUCGCACAGGCGAGGAAAUGACAGAGCGCACACUCCAGACACCCACCCGCAUAGUGCUGGAUGAGUCCAUAAUACCACGAAAAUAUGUGCAGGUUAUUCUCCACUGCAUGUACACGGAUGUCGUCGAGCUCGGGCUGGUGCUGCGUGGCAGCCCCUCAGCAGGCAGCCUCGGUGAGGUGCAAGCCCUAGUGUCAGGGAGCCGUGGGGCCAGCACACGCACUGAAGAGGCCAUGGAGCUGUACCAUAUUGCUCUGUUUUUGGAGUUUAGCAUGCUGGCUCAAGGCUGUGAAGACAUUAUUGUGGAGAGUUUGUCUCUGGACUCUCUUGUCCCCAUUCUCAAGUGGAGCUCCCAACCAUAUGGCUCCAAGUGGGUCCAUAGGCAGGCCAUGCACUUCCUCUGUGAGGAGUUCAGUCAAGUUGUCACUUCGGAUGUUCUCUACGAACUUGGCAAAGAACACCUUCUCAGUGCAAUUCAGUCUGACUACCUACAGGCGAGUGAACAGGACAUUCUCAAGUAUGUUGUUAAGUGGGGCGAGCAGCAGCUUAUUAAGAGGAUGGCAGACAGGGAACCCAACCUAUUGAGUGGCACAGCCCACAGCGUAAACAAGAGGGGAGUGAAAAGGAGAGACUUGGAUGUGGAGGAGCUGAAGGAGAUCCUGUCUCCCCUCUUGCCCUUCAUCCGAACAGAGCACAUCUUACCUCCCAACAGUGACGUCCUCGCCGACGCGCUCAAAAGGGGUUUGAUAAGCACCCCUCCUUCAGACAUGCUACCCACAGCUGAGGGGGGUAAAGCCAAUGCCUGGUUGCGUCAAAAAAAUGCAGGCAUCUAUGUGCGUCCGCGCCUUUUCUCUCCUUACGUGGAGGAGGCUAAGUCUGUUCUUGAUGAAAUGAUGGUCGAGCAGACAGACCUAGUGCGUUUGCGACUAGUGCGCAUGUCCAACGUCCCGGACACACUCUACAUGGUCAACAACGCUGUGCCUCAGUGUUGUCACAUGAUUAACCACCAGCAAAUGGCAAGCAACUCAACCACAGCUCCAUCAGUCGUGGCAAAUGAAAUUCCAGUGCCUCAGUUAUCUGUGGUAAAGGAGAUGAUCCGGAGGCUGCAUGAACUAAGACACACAGAGCAGGUUCAGAGAGCGUAUGCCCUCAACUGUGGCGAGGGAGCCACUGUCAGCUAUGAGCUGCAGUUGCGGGUGCUGAGGGAGUUUGGUCUGGCAGACGGAGCCACUGAGCUACUGCAGAAUCCAUACAAGUUCUUCCCAGAUGAAAGGUUUGGAGAUGAGAGUCCAAUACUGGCCCUGCGCCAGGUGGGUCGUUGUCGGGUAAACAGCAGUCCAGCCAUGGAUAGCAUGUUCACAGAGCUGGAAGGAGUAGCAGGCUUCCACCCUCCCUUACCUCCUCCACCUCCCCCAUACCACCCCCCUGCCACACCUAGUCACACACAGUUCAAGGGUGCGUGGCGACCUCGCGUGCCCUUGCCAACCCCCACCCGUUCCUUCUCCUAUCCCUGCAACCGCACCCUGAUCCAGCGCCAUGCAGCCACCAAGCAUGGUAGCUCAGACUACUCCUCUGUGCCCAGGCCUCAGCCCCCUGACUGCACCAACCCACAGGCUAUGGGCCGAGCUUUGCUUUCAGACCAGCAAGUGAUGAGCAUGGAGCCGGUUAUGAGGGAGUUCAUGCCUGACAUUGCGCUAGGUGUUUCGGUCAUGACUCUGAGGGAGCAGCACAUGGCAGAAAUGGAGAGGGAAGGCCCUCAGAGCCCCAUGGGCCCCUCAGGCCACCACCUGCCCCAUGGGCCCUGCCCUUCUUCCCGCCUCAGUCAUGGCUAUGGGCCUGGACAUGGCCACUCCUGCAAGAGACACGCUCCUGAGCCCAAACUGGAAGCUCAAGCUGAGUUCCCUGACCUGUAUGACUUUUCCUGUCGACCUGCAACCCCGACCUCCACACACCCACUGCCCUCCUUUGCUGGACCAGACCUCUACAGCCACAGCUGCACCGCCUCCGGCUCCUAUCCUCCUCCUUAUGUUUCUGACUCUCAGUCCCAGGGCCAUACACAGGGUCGGACUGCCUCAGACCCACUACGUCUGGAUGUCCUCGGUAUAACCUCUCAGAGGCAUGAUGGACUCCUUGCUAGCCCCUCUGGAGCCCAACCUAGGAUGGGACAUAUUUCAAAGGGGCGAUCAAAUGAGACAGACCUGACUCAUGGCUUAGGCCAUUUACGGUCCCCCAGUGGGAAUAUGGACAACUAUGAGGAGAGACACCCAGGACCCAGAGAGACCCCAGAAGAGAUGGGUCUAGCUGGAGAAUCAUCAGGCCCAGGGCCACUCCAGCAGCCUCACAGAAACAGUGUCAGUGAAGAAAUUGUCAGAGACCGCAGGUCACCUAGCAAACCUGACUACCCCUAUAAGAAAUCUGCACUUUAACCCCAGUUUAAAGACCAGGGGUUGAGUUUAGAAAAGGGAAAAAGAGAUGAGUGGAUGUCCAUCAUAAUGAAUAGCAAAGCACUAAAUGUUUGUCUGUGUGCGUGUGUGUGCGUGUGCGCGCGUGUGCUUGAGAGAAGCAGGGAAAAGGGGUGGUCGAUGGUUGCUAUUUAUAGAAUCUGUCCUUUUGUCCUACCUCUAUCACACUGUGCUAUCCAUCACGCAGUCAGCAUGGAAAAAGUAAGAGCUGUAGGUUAGCUGUCAAUGCAAGUCUGCCUAGUCCUGCAGAUUUAGAGGAUUUCUUAGGCUCUCCGUGGACAGAUUGGUCUCUUGCAUUUCUUAAGAAAGAGGUUAGCUCUAUGCUGCAUGAAUUCUGCGUGAGGAAGUCGCAACACUAGAUGAAGCUCAGUUAUAAAAUGAUGGUUGAAAACAGAUUACAUUGGUUGGCUCUUUUGUCUCUUGCACAGAAUGGGAAGAUCACAGGAUAAAGAUCUCAGUUUACAUAAAUGAACAAUGGCACACAGUCUGGGAUUGAGUAUUGUGAUAAAAUCAUAUGUAAAUAUGUCUGGCAGUGUUCUUUCCCCUCCCAGAACUGGUAUUUCCAUUUCUUCUUUUAGCAUGGCUAUAGCUCACCUGACUAUUCUUCUCCUCCUGCUCUGGUUCUGCACUAAUGUUGAGUUAAAAAAAAAAAAAAAAAAAAAGGCCAAGGUUUGGUCACACAAAGCAGGAAUUGGAUCCGACUGGAAAUAGGCCAUCAGAGCUUGUCAGUCUCAAGUAACCGCGUCUGAUUGUGUCAGACGUAACCUAUCACAAUCUCACUGUCUAGCUUAAAGGCAGAAGUCUGGUGUUUUCACAUCGGGCAGGAGGAUCAUGGGCAGGUUCAUUACUGAGAUAUAAUGGAAAAUAUCAGGUUGCCAUGACAUAAGCCGUUUUCACACAUGCAGCGCAGCACUGAAUUUAUCUAGACAUCACGCAACAGAGGUGCAAGUCAACGCAAAAGCCUGACUCAGUCUUAUUGGGUAUUAGACGGUCUGUAUGAUGUCAGAUCCAGGCAGCUUCGCUGCCUAAACCGCAAAGUAUUUCAGAAGCAGACUGCUUCCUGCUGUGUGCUACAUGUGAGAGAGGACAUUUGUGGAUGACCUUAUUCUACUGAAAAUGUCUGUACAGCGAUCAGAUCAAGCGCUGGGGAUUUGUUGGAUCUGCAGCUAGGCCAGGUGUGUGUUUGUGUGUGAGAGCGUGUCUUUGUGCAAGGAUAACUUUGUGUUAACACCUAGGUGUAUCAAUCUCAGUACUGUACACUCCCAUGUUUGGUCGGGUCUUUUUGUACAUAUCAAGGACUGAAAUGAUUAAGAAGUGUUUGGCACAGAGUGUGGUUGUCAGCGUGUUAGUUUCCUCCCAUUUCAAAAUAAGUAAUCAAAUCUAAAGCCUUAACUAGCGCUUGGAAUAUUCACUUUUAGCUAUCUUUAUUCAAUCAAGUAUGAUGUCUCUAUAAUGCCACCCCCGUUAACUGCUUAUUUGACUGUUGUCCACAUUAAAGAUACAUAGACACUGCAGUUUUUCCGGAUGGUGGAGGUGGGCUCAACUAAACCCAAAUGUUUAAACCGUGUCUCCAUCUCGCCAGCUCGUCGGAGAUUGUGGAUGUGCAGAGCCAGUGUUGAUGCUUUUAAAUAUACUGUUAAUGAGCCGCAGCAGCUGUAGCUCCACAACCCUGCAAGUACACAAAUAAAAGCCUGUAACAGCCGACAGCUGGCAUACGACCUCACAUACGAGUAUCAUUGCACUGUAGGAGCCGUCUGUUUAUUAGCUGAAGGGAAAAAGGAACAAAUGAAUCUCGAACAAAAGGAAUCUUAUAUUGAAGAAAAGUUGGCGAUUGCUGGCUCAUAUCUCCAAUGAAAAUUGUAUAUAAUGAAUUGAGUUCCACAUGAUGAAUUUUUAAUGGUUUCUAUCACAUUUUAGUGGUCGUUGAAGGUCUGUGUUUUUACUGUAGUGGACAACACUGUGUACUUUGUCAUGAAAACUCACUAAGAAUGUGUGGUAUAUACAGAAAGAUUGUGUCUCAGAAACUAUUUUUGUUCUUAAAUGUUAUGCAUCUAGGGCAGUUUGUUUGAUAUAGUAGGUGCUGUGGAUUGCCAUGUUUGUAGAACACUUUUCACCCCUUUUUCCUUUUACUUUAAAAGUAACAGGAAUAUGUUGAGGAUCUGAAGAUAUUAGCUCUAUGCUUAGCAGUGAUAGAGUUGCCAAGCAGAAAAAUCAUUUUUCCAUCUUGGUUGCUUCAUGGGGAAAAAAUGCAAAACUCCAGAUUCCUCCCCAUGUUCAUGUUGGGUGGUUGUUUUAUUUUCCAGGACAAUGUUCCAUUGAGUAAAAGUCCUUGUUUUGCUCUUUUGCUGUAGAGAAGUCAGUGCCUUCCCCUGCCUGCGGCUGGGCUUUUAUUGGAGAAGUGACUUUGAUGUCUAUGCAAGCUCUUUUCUACCAGCUUACCAGCCUGCAUCAAAUAAUUCUUUGAAAUCUCAUGUAGCUUGUUUUGUGUACAUAGUGUUAUUUAGCACCUUUAGAAAUUGAACCAUCUGAAAUGUGUGAUUGCUUGUGUUGAUUUGUAACAGGUACACUGUGCCUGUAUGGUAUCAUAGAAACCAUGUUUGUAGACUGAUAUUACGUUGCAUUUAGUUUCACGGAAUCUAUUUUUCUACUGUCACCUCAAAACGGUGCAUAACAGUGGUCAACUUGGGCAUCCUCAAAAUAAACUGGUUUGAUAUUAUGGAAUUGA